AUGGAACUGGCAGAGAGCAUUUAUAACCUCAUCCCCAGGGAAGAGAUUAGAUUUGAGAGACCACCGAGGUAUGUGUCAAAAUACAGAGAUCAGGUGAGGCAGGAGGCACAGAUGAAUAAGGCCUCGCACAGGACCAUGGGCCUGGCGAAGGUGGAGCUGCCCUCCCCAGAGAAGUUUCUGCGCAAACACUCCAAGGAGCCGAAACUGUUUGAACGUAAGACCAAGCAGGUGAUGCCGUGCACGGACGACAGUCUAAAAAGGCCAACGUUAUCUCUCAGGCUUGAUAACUCAUGGAAGCGCACUCCGUCAAAAAAGGAUUUUAUAAAAGCGAAUGCCGUGGACACCAUUUUGGCAGUGCCAAAGAAGCCACAGCCUGCUUACGCCUUCACCAAACACGGAGAUAGGCGGCCCCUUGAGCCAUCCGGCCUCGUCCCAAAAUAUGUUAAUAAAAAGGACUAUGGGCAGACCCCAGAGUACCUCCACCAGCGCAAAGAGGAGAUGCGGAGAGCCCAGGAGGAGUAUGACGAAUACGUGAAGGAGCGUCUUCAGCAGGGAGCCAUGAAGCAGCUCUCAGAGGAGGAACGGCAGAGCACCCUGGAGGGCCUGAAGAAGAACUGGGAUGAGCUGCACUUCCAGUACCAGGGCCUGUCCCUCAUCACGGACACCCUCCCAAAGCGGUACCGCAAGGAGAAGCUGGAGAUGGAGAUGAAGCAGCUAGAGAGAGACAUUGACCUCAUCGAGAGACACAAAACCAUCUACAUCGCUAACACUUAA